AUGUCUCAACAGCCCUUUAGCGAGGAGGAGAGUAGUGAUAUUGAUACGAUAAUUGAAGGACUCGGAUCUUGUGCAAAGCAAUAUUGGGAAAUGGACAAGUGUUUGGAAGCCCACAACCAUUCAUGGUCUGCUUGUCAAGCUGCUGUUUUAAACCUCAAGAAGUGCUACAAUGAUCUUGAACAAAAGGGUCUUCGCUCGGUGCAAAACGACCGUGCUGUGCAAGCUGAAAUUCAACGUUUGAAAUUAGCAAAGAAAAAGCAAGAAAUGGAAAAACGAAUGACGAAAAAUGAAUAA